UGUCACAUACAAGGUAGAAUUGUGUCAGAUGCUUUUCAGACAGAAGUUCUGUCAGAACUAUUUAACAAUAACUUACAGAAAAGCUUUGUUUAUGUAAAUGCAAGACAAUGAAUGAUGGUAUUGGUUGAAUCCUGAUAAUAUAAAGAACUAUUUAAUAAUAAGUAUACGAAUUCCAAAUGGAAGAAUCACUAGGUGCCCAGUAUGCAAUACAAAUAGCAGUUCACACUCUCAGAGAUAGGUGCAAAAGUUUGCAGCAGCGAAUUACUCUCCUGGAAGAAGAAAAUGUAGACCUCCGCAUGAAAUGUACUCGAAGCGAAGAAGCAGAACAGCAUUCUCUAUCAGAAAUGGAUAAAUUAAGGGUUCAAAUUACUGAAGUAUCUGAAAAUAGAGACCAGCUUCAAGAAAAGGUCAAAAUGGUGUCUGGAGAGAAUCAAGACUUAUGGAAUAAAUUAGGUAAACUGAUGAAUCUCAAUAAAAACCUUAGAGAACAGCUUGGCAAGAUAAAUCAGACUGUAAAUCAACAUUUAGCUCCUACACAUACUAAUUUAAUAAGGUCAAAAACGUUUACCCAGAUGGAUCCUCAAAUGAAACUAUCUCCAAAGAACUUGGACAUCAAUGAAAAAAUCAGUCUUGAAUUGGAGAACAUAUCGCUGAAACUCUCAGACAGUUUCUCAAAGCAGAAAAUGGAACUCGAGAAAAUGUGUUCAGAAAUUGAAGACGUCCAGUACAACGAAGCAGUUGUGACUGAAUCUUUUGGUUUUUAUUUUGACGAUCAGUUGGAAGAAGAUUUAUUUGAAGAAUUGAAGUAUAUCCUUGAAGAUUUGAAACUGCUGAAGGGAGAAGUGUUGAUGCAAAAGGAAACAUUAAAGACAGCUCUAAUGUAUUUAGAUAACCUUCAAAGUAGAGAAAUCCUUUCCUGCAAGUCCUGUGAUACAAAAAAGAACUUAAGAAAUGAUAAGAGCACUUCGACAAGUGAUAUCAAACUCGGUGUUGAUAAAUGUAUAGAAGCCAACUUGCUCAUCGAAGAAAGGACUCCUUCAAAGCAAACACAGCCUAUGGAAUUUGAAAUGAUAUGUCCCAUCUGCACAAGGCAGUUCAUAAAAGAUGUAGAGUUCACAGAGUUCCAACGUCACGUUGAGAGCCAUUUUACCCCAGAAGUUAGUUCGUACCAGUUAUUAUAGUAUGGAUAGGUGUUAGGUUAUUAUGUCAUUUAUCAGAUGUAAAAUAGAUUGUAUAUCCUGAAAUUGUAUGAUUGAAUUCAUCAUUGUUUUUUUUUUAAAUUAUUCAAGAAAAUCUUGAAAUUUUUCAUACAAUUAUUGUAUCAGAAAUGUCAAAAAGAUCCCGUUCAUGCUGUGCAGUAGGGUGUCUUUAUUUUGACUGCAUGUAAUGGGCAUCAGGUUUGAAAGCAGGAAUGACUUAUGAAUAGAAAGAAUAUCCUGAUCAGCAAUCUCCACGUUCAUAAAAAUACUUCAUUGGGACUCAUUCUACUCAUAAGUUUAAUGAGAUGUUUUUUUUAUUCAUUUCAAAUAUGUCUGGAAAUUUGACAAAAGUGAAAAUUAGUAUUUCUAACGAAAUGAACCUUUAACGUUCAAGCCCGUCUUGGAUACACCUACA